UUGAUCUUUUAAUCUUCGUUGGCCACAAUUAAAACAAACCCGAUCGUAGAGCGGCACGAUCCCUUUGCAUAAAAACAUAUGGCUUUUGCUAUAAAAAUUAUGACUGCAAAACACCGGGCCAUUAAUAGCGUGCGGAGUGAUUUACACGUUAUUGUUCUGCCGGGCGGGCACGUGACGCGCGCGGCCAAUGGGGGCGCGGGCGCCGCCAACUUAUUAGGUGACUGUACUUCCCCCCCUGGUGCCACCAAGUUGUUACAUGAAAUCUGCAGUUUCAUAAUUUCCGUGGGUCGGGCCGGGCCGGCCAGGCGCUAGGCACGGCGAUGGCCACCACUGGGGCCCUGGGAAACUACUACGUGGACUCGUUCCUGCUGGGCGCCGACGCUGCUGAUGAGCUGAGCGCUGGCCGCUAUGCGCCGGGGACUCUGGGCCAGCCCCCUCGGCAGGCGGCGACGCUGGCCGAGCACCCCGACUUCAGCCCGUGCAGCUUCCAGUCCAAGGCGGCAGUGUUCGGCGCCUCGUGGAACCCGGUGCACGCGGCGGGCACCAAUACUGUACCCGCUGCGGUGUACCACCACCACCACCACCACCACCCCUACAUGCACCCCCAGGCGCCCGUGGCGGCGGCGGCGCCGGACGGCAGGUACAUGCGCUCCUGGCUGGAGCCCACGCCCGGUGCGCUCUCCUUCGCGGGCUUGCCCUCCAGCCGGCCUUAUGGCAUUAAACCUGAACCGCUGUCGGCCAGAAGGGGUGACUGUCCCACGCUUGACACUCACACUUUGUCCCUGACUGACUAUGCUUGUGGUUCUCCUUCAGUUGAUAGAGAAAAACAACCCAGCGAAGGCGCCUUCUCCGAAAACAAUGCUGAGAAUGAGAGCAGCGGAGACAAGCCCCCCAUCGAUCCCAAUAAUCCAGCGGCCAACUGGCUUCAUGCACGCUCCACUCGGAAAAAGCGCUGCCCCUAUACAAAACACCAGACCCUGGAACUGGAGAAAGAGUUUCUGUUCAACAUGUACCUCACCAGGGACCGCAGGUACGAGGUGGCCCGGCUGCUCAAUCUCACCGAGAGGCAGGUCAAGAUCUGGUUCCAGAACCGCAGGAUGAAAAUGAAGAAAAUCAACAAGGACCGAGCAAAAGACGAGUGAUGUCGUUUGGGUUUAUUUAGAAAAAAGAAUGAGCUAGAGAGAAAGAGAAAGAACUGCCCGUCCCCCUUCCGCCUUCUCCCUUCUCUCACCCCCACCCUAGCCUCCGCCAUCCCGCACAAAGCGGCUCUAAACCUCAGGCCACAUCUCCCCCCCAAGGCAAACCCUGCUCAGGCCGGCUCCUAGGCCUGCCGCUUUGAUGGAGGAGGUAUUGUAAGCUUUCCAUUUUCUGUAAGACAAAAAAAAAAAAAAAAAGAGAGAGAGAGAAAGAAAGAAAAAGAAAAGCGGGGGGGUGGGCAUCCGUGCUGAUAGCUAUGUGUGCUAGGUUGUACAUAUUUUUUAAAAAUCUACCUGUCCCUGACUUAAAAGGAAAGAAACUACCUUUUUAUAAUGCACAACUGUUGAUGGUGGGCUGUAUAGUUUUUAGUCUGUGUAGCUAAUUUAAUUUGCUGUUUGUGCGGCAGAUUGCUCUGCCAAGAUACUUGAACACUGUGUUUUAUUGUGGUAAUUAUGUUUUGUGACUCAAACUUCUGUGUACUGGGUGAUGCACCCGUUGUGAUUGUGGAAGCUAGAAUUCAAUUUGAACUCAGGUUGUUUAUGAGGGGGAAAAACAGUUGCAUAGAGUAUAGCUCUAUAGUAGAAUAUGUCUUCUGUAUAACUAGGCUGUUAACCUAUGAUUAUAAACUAGCUGUAAGGAUUUCCCAGUGAAAUAAAAAAAAUUUUUUUUAAGUGUUCUCGGGGAUACACAGAUUCAUCGUUUUCUCCACAUUAGAAAUGCGGGCAUUUUAGUCUCUCCAUGAUCUAUAGUCCUGUCUUGUCCAUUGUAUAUAUAAUCUAUAUGAUUAAAGGAAAUAUGCAUAAUCAGACAAGCUUGAAUAUUGUUUUUGCACCAGAUGAACAGUGACAAAAUUUGGAGCUAUACAUAUGUGCAGAAGGUUACUACCUAGGGUUUUUGCUUAAUUUUAAUCGGAGAAAAUGAAUGCUGAUUGUAACGAAGUUAAUUUUAUUGAUAAUAAAUUAUACACUAUGAAACCGCCAUUGGGCUACUGUAGACUUGUAUCCUUGAUGAAUCUGGGGUUUCCAUCGGACUGAACCUACACUGUAUAUUUUGCAAUAGUUACCUCAAGGCCUACUGACCAAAUUGUUGUGUUGAGAUGAUAUUUAACUUUUUGCCAAAUAAAAUAUAUUGAUUCUUUUCUA